CAUUUCCCACAAUCCUUAACGGCUCUUCAGUUGGAAAACCACGAGGAGAUGAGUGCAACGUUCAAAGAAGCUGCGUGGAUUCUGAGCUCGUGAGCACCACGUGCAUCAGUAACAAUGCUGUUCACUGUAAUAUACGGCGGAAAGAAGAAACUGAUAAAAGUAGAUGGAGCAGAUUACACCAGUUUAAUGACUCAAGUCAGGAAGAAAUUUUCAAUCAGUGACAAAGACCUAACAUUACAAAACGACACUGGUGUGGAGGUGGAUGAAGAUGUAUUCACUGACUUGCUGGAGGAGAGAUCACAUGAUAUCCUAUGGAGAGUUGUUGACAAAGAUUCAGAAUGCUCAGUCCUCGAUUCUUCCUGUAGCUCACAAACUGACACUCUUUCAGUGUCGUCUGAGACUGAUGACAGUGCUGGACCAAGCUCCAAGAGACCUUGUUUUGAUGGAGUUUUUGAGGCAAAACAGUUUGUUAGAGACAUUUUAGAGGAAAAAGCAGGAGGACCUGCGGUUUUGUCUGAAUAUAAAGAACAUGGAAAACUCACAGACUCAACCCGGCGACACUUGGUUAACAUUGUUGUCGCACACAUUACUGACAAAGAAGGCCGUGUCCCUUCUAAAGAAACAAAAACUCGUUGUGCCUUGGGAAUUGUAACACUGUUCCCAUCAAUGAAGGAUCCAUACUCAAGAACUGGAUAUGAGCAUUUUUAUGACCCUAAGAGCAACCAAGGAUACAUAUCUUGGCGACUCAAAACAGUUUCGCGGCAAAGCAAACACCACGGCGGACACCACAGCAAGAAGGAUGCUAGGUCAAGUGGAACAUCAGACAGUGAGGGCAGUGGAGGACCAACAGCUCAUAGAGAAACUUGCAACCAUUUGGAACAGCAGUUGGAGGGUGACCAAUGCAAAGAAGCGAUAUCUUUCAUGAAUCAUUGUGUAGAAAAGGACCUGAUUUUUGAGAAGAUGAAAGCAACAUUCAAGCACAAACAGCUCCUUAUUCAUGAUGCAGCGAAGUCCAAUACAGUGCUUUCAGUUUUUCCGAGAUUUCUCGACACUAAAGGACUGAUACUUCAAGAUUUUGACAUCCAAUUUGGAACAGAAACAGCCUCCAGACUUCUUGAACAAUGGGACAGUCUAAAGUCCAAGAUCAUUGCAGAAGCAAGAACACUUACUUCGACCUUGCAUCUGAACAGCCUGCUUUCAGAUGCCCAGGGUAACAGACAAGACGAGGAUUCCGAUUGGCAAGUAUGGGACAGUGACAUGUCCUCUAUUUUACUCCUGGCCAACCUUUUGCCACCUUCAGCUGGUGGUAGGAACAAAUCCACCAAGAUAAGCAUCAGAGAGGCAAUGGACCACAUUGUGCAGUUUCACAAGGCUUGCCGUAGUCUAACUGAACACAUUAACAAGACUGAAGGCCUUCAACCACAUCUCCUUGCAGUUGGCUCAGCGAAGAACAUCAUCCAUGAUUUUUACAUCGUGCUGGAUGGAAAACUCCUUCCAUGUCAGGCAAAGUCUUCCCUUGCUGCCUUUGAUGAACUUUUUAAAGCAUACUUUGUCUUUAGCGUGUCAUACCCCCACUGCUUACGUGCAAUGUAUACAUUCAUCCAGACAACUAUCUACAAGAUAGAUCUUGGCACAUAUCGUGAAACCCCUAGGGUUAAGGACCUACGAGCUAAACUUUUGAACUAGUUAAGCUAGAUUAAAAUGUUUUGCUGCUUUGUUUGCAAACUGGCACAUUCUAAAAUCAAUGACCUUGUUCGUCACCUAAAACUUAUUCAUGCUUACUAUCCAGGAAAAAAAUUGAACCUGAAAUGUGCACAGAACAAUUGUAAACACAGCUUCAUGACUUAUGCUGGAUUUCGAAAACACUUGAGUAGUGUUCAUCGAAAUGACUACCUAGACCAAAUUGUGACUGAAAAUCAAACUGACGAAGCUAAUGAACAGAUUGAGAUAGUGUCAGAUUUAAAUAAUGAUGUUGAAAUACCAGAGACAUCAUCCAAUGAUAAAAGGAGAGGUACUGAAACUCAAGAAAUGUGUGCAUCCAUUAUUGCUAGAUUGCAAAACAGUGGAGUAGCAACCAGUGUUGUAACAUCUGUAGUAUCGGAUAUGGAAGAACUGGUGCAUGAAAU